ACGAACAAGCCGACGCAAGGGAAAAGCAGCGGGAUCAGUACCUGCCCCGCCCCGUCCCGCACUACACGCGCCCACGCGACAAGGCCGCACCGUGUGCCGGUGCCACGCCAGUGACGCCACCCCACCUCGGCCCUGCACAACUAGCUAGGCGAGCAGCGAGCAGCGAGCAUCGGUGGCGCCCGGGUCCCCGCAGUAAUAAAAGGAGAGCAGGGGUGCGCUGCGUCAGAUGGCCGCCCCCUCGCUCUCCAUCCCCCUCACCACCCGGGCGCCUCUGCUCCGCCUCCUCCUCCGCCGCCGCGGCCUAGCCCACUCCGCCUCGCCGCCCAAACUCCCCGUCUGCUCUGCGCCUCCUCGCCACCGCCGCGGCGCGCUCUUCCUCGGACCCGGAGCAGGUGCAGGUGAAAGGCAGAGAAGUGGAGUGGGGAGCAGAACCAUGUCGGCUUCCAUAUAUUCGACAAAGGUGGACGCCGAAUCGGCAAUGACCACGAAUGGAAGAGAUGUGGAGCUGCUACCAUUCGUGAAUGACAAACAUGGAGGUGUCAUUAUUGAGAUGACCACCCCGAUGGAUCCUCAACUUUUUUCAGCUUCCUUGAAAUCUUUAUUGUCGAAAUGGAGGGAGCAGGGAAUAAGAGGUGUCUGGAUAAAAUUGCCAAUCAGCCUUGCCAACCUUAUUCAAUCAGCAGUAGAGGAAGGAUUCUGGUACCAUCAUGCAGAGGAAACUUACCUAAUGCUUGCGUACUGGCUCCCGAACACGCCUCAUACAUUGCCUGUGAAUGCUACUCACCGUGUGGGCGUUGGAGCUUUUGUAAUGAAUGACAAAAGAGAGGUAUUGGUUGUACAGGAAAAAAGCGGUGUACUUAAGGGGCUUGGUAUAUGGAAAUUCCCAACUGGAGUUGUUGAACCAGGGGAAGAUAUAAACAUUGGAGUUGUAAGAGAAGUAAAAGAAGAGACUGGGGUUGAUGCAGAAUUCGUUGAGGUACUUGCCUUCAGGCAGAGCCACAAAGCUUAUUUUGAAAAAUCGGAUCUAUUUUUUGUGUGCAUCCUAAGGCCACUUUCCUUCGACAUUACUAAACAAGAGUCUGAAAUCGAGGAUGCUCAGUGGAUGCCGGUGGAGGAAUUCGCGGCACAACCGUUUGUCCAGCAACAUGAACUCGUGAAGUACAUUCUCGAGGUCGGUCUGGCUAAGGCCGACAAGGAAUACACGGGAUUUUCACCAAUCAGCAUAAAAUCAGCGUUCUCGCCGAAACAGUCCUUGUUUUACAUGAACAGGAGGGACCUGGAGAAAGCCUCAGGACCCAUCAUCAAUACACAAAAAGAUAGUUGAAAUUCCAGUCAGAUUUACGAAAGUGUUGAAGAACUCAUGCUCGAUUACUCAGUUGUUCGAUUGGUAGCUUGUACACCUGAUUUUGACGUAUGAUGCCUGUCCCCUACCAUUAUAUCGAUUCACAAAGAGAUACUAUAACCUAGCAAAAGUGCAACGGAAGUUGUUGUACUUGGACGUCAAAAAGGAAGAAAUUAAUGCGCUACUCGUUGUCAAAUUUGUAUCGAUGAGUGUACAAAUAAUGGAACAUAUCAAAGAUUUUUUGUUUUUGUU